CGCAUGCAUCAGCCUGCAGCUAUCGCGUGCUGUAUCGCGCUACAUGCGAGUACGAGUCGCAUCAUUCUUUAGUCAUACCCAGAUUACUUUUUGCUUGGUCAUUGAUGCCUCCAGACGUGUUCGAAAGCGUCCGGUAGCUUUCCUAGAGCUCUCCUCAACUUCAUUCCUUCUAAUAUCGCAUUACUCACAUCCAGGACCUCAAUCAUGGGCUCAGCGGGCAUCUGCGAGCGGGGAAUCCGCAUCGCCAUAGAUAGAGGCGGCACCUUCACGGACUGCGUCGGCAACCCCGGUACAGGCAAGAUGGAAGACGACAUCCUCAUCAAGCUCCUCUCCGUCGACCCCUCGAACUACGAUGACGCACCCCUUGAAGGAAUCCGGCGCCUUCUCUCCAGGUUUACCGGCCAGGAGAUCCCCCGCGGACAGCCGCUCGACACGUCGAAAAUCGAGAGCAUACGCAUGGGUACCACGGUGGCAACAAACGCGCUGCUAGAACGGAAAGGCGAGGAUAUUGCCAUGGUGGUGACAAAAGGCUUCAAGGAUUGCUUAGAAAUAGGCAACCAAUCGCGGCCGAACAUCUUCGCGCUGGACAUACGGAAGCCCGAGGUUUUAUACAAGAGGGUUGUAGAAAUCGACGAGAGGGUGACACUCGAAGACUAUGCUGAGGAUCCGGAACGGAAACAGACAAAAGCGAAGUCAAUCGAGGGGGCCGGACCUAAUGCGGAGCUUGUGAAGGGCCUGUCUGGUGAGACCGUGCGGAUAUUGCAACGACCGGAAGAGGAUAAGAUACGGAAACAGCUUCAGGAGGUGUAUGAUAGCGGGCUCAAAAGUAUUGCCGUGUGUCUAAUGCACGGUUACACAUACCCAGACCACGAGGCACUGGUGGGCAAGAUUGCAAAGGAGAUCGGCUUCGAGCACGUCAGCUUAAGUCAUGAACUUAUGCCCAUGAUCAAGUUGGUGCCGAGAGCAACGUCGGCUUGUGCAGACGCCUAUCUUACCCCUGCGAUCCGGAAGUACAUCGAUGGCUUCUCCAACGGCUUCGAAGGUGGUCUCGGAACAAAGAGCGUAAAGCGUGAAGAAGGCUCCAAAGGGGCACGCUGCGAGUUUAUGCAGUCCGAUGGUGGCCUGGUCGACGUAGACAUUUUCUCGGGUCUCAAGGCUAUACUGUCAGGGCCUGCUGGAGGCGUAGUGGGCUACGCACUGACAUCCUACGACCCUCAGACCAAGAUUCCCGUUAUUGGCUUCGACAUGGGUGGCACAAGUACAGACGUAAGCAGAUAUGGCGCCGGAAGAUAUGAUCACGUAUUCGAGACUACCACCGCAGGCGUUACCAUUCAGUCACCCCAGCUUGACAUCAAUACUGUUGCAGCAGGAGGCGGCUCGCGCCUGUUCUGGAAGAACGGACUCUUCGUCGUUGGUCCGGAAUCGGCAAGCGCACAUCCGGGACCCGCGUGUUAUCGGAAAGGCGGUCCAUUAACAAUCACCGAUGCCAAUCUGUUCCUUGGGCGACUGCUACCUGACUUCUUCCCUAAGAUCUUCGGCAAAAAUGAAGAUGAGGGGUUGGACGAGAGUGCGAGCGAGAAGCUAUUCAAAGAGCUUGCAGGGCAGAUCAACAAGGAGGUUGCCGGUGGAAACAAAGAGAAAGAAAUGUCGCUAGACGAGAUAGCGCACGGCUUCAUCAAGAUUGCCAACGAGACGAUGACUAGGCCCAUUCGCAGUUUGACUGAGGCACGCGGGCACGACACGUCGAAGCACAGACUCGCUACCUUCGGAGGCGCCGGAGGACAGCACGCAGUCGCCAUUGCAGAAGCGCUGGGCAUUUCUCAAAUCCUCGUCCACCGAUACUCUUCAGUGCUUUCGGCGUACGGCAUGGCGCUAGCUGACGUUGUAGACGAGCGUCAAGAGCCAGAGUCGAAAGUAUGGUCAGAUGAGAAGAACACGCGAGAAUACUUACAGCAGAAGAUGAAAGACUUAAAGGCGAAAUCGGCAGCGACGUUGAGGGACCAGGGUUUCGAUGAAGAUCAGAUUCACUUUGAAGAAUACCUCAACUUACGGUAUCGAGGCACUGAGUCCGCACUCAUGGUCAUCAAGCCCACGAAGGAAGAGGCCGAGAAAGAGUAUGGCGGCGAUGAGUGGGCUUUCGGUAAAGCGUUCGCCAAGCAACAUGAUCAGGAGUUCGGAUUCACGCUUCCCGACCGCGACAUCAUCGUCGAUGAUGUUCGAGCACGAGGCAUCGGAAAGACGUUCGAAGGCUUGGAGAAGACGGUCGAUCAGCAACUAAAAGAUAUAAAGCCGAAAGAUCUUGGUAAGGACGACAAGGUCUAUGCCGUGCGGAAGGUAUUCUUCGAGGGCGGACGGCAAGAUACUGCGAUAUACAAGCUUGAGGACUUGGAAGUCGGCGACCGUAUCAAGGGACCUGCUAUCAUUGCAGACGGAACGCAGACUAUUGUCGUCACUCCUGGUGCAUCAGCUCUGCUCAUCGAUACCCACGUCGUCAUCAACAUUGGCGAGACCGACAACCAGGACAAGAAGAUUGAUACCAAGGAAGUCGACCCCAUACUGCUGAGUAUCUUCGCUCACCGCUUCAUGGCCAUUGCCGAACAGAUGGGUCGUGCUCUGCAGAAGACUAGUGUAUCUACUAAUGUCAAAGAGCGCCUGGAUUACUCGUGUGCACUCUUCGACGCUGACGGUGGUCUCGUCGCAAACGCACCCCAUCUACCCGUGCACCUCGGCAGUAUGUCCACCUGCGUCCGCAAGCAAGCCGCUAUCUGGAAAGGCAAACUUAAGAAAGGCGACGUCCUCGUUUCCAACCAUCCCAUGUUCGGCGGCACCCAUCUCCCCGACAUAACCGUCAUCACGCCCGCUUUCAGCGGCGACAAAAUAAUAUUCUAUGUUGCCUCGCGCGCACACCACGCAGACAUCGGCGGCAUCCUCCCUGGUAGCAUGCCCCCGCACUCGCGCGAGCUCUUCCAAGAAGGCGCGGCCAUCAAAUCGGAGAAGCUCGUCUCACAAGGCCAAUUUAACGAGAAACGCAUCACCGAACUACUCUUCGAUGAGCCCGGCCAGUAUCCAGGAUGCUCAGGAACCCGCUGUCUCAGCGACAACAUCAACGAUCUGAAAGCCCAAGUCGCCGCCAACCAAAAGGGUAUCAACCUCAUCUCCACACUCAUGGACGACUAUGGCGAAGAAGUCGUCACCUUCUACAUGCGCAACAUCCAAGCCAACGCCGAAUCCAGCGUGCGCACGCUCCUCAAAUCCGUUUACAAGCGCUUCGAAGGCCAGGACCUCUCCGCCGAGGAAUUCAUGGACGACGGGUCUCCCAUCCGCCUCAAAGUAACGAUCGACCCCGACAAGGGCGAAGCAGUCUUCGAUUUCAGCGGCACAGGCCCGGAAGUCUACGGCAACAUCAACGCGCCGGAAGCAGUCACCUACUCCGCGAUCAUAUACUGCCUACGCUGCCUCAUCAGCGAAGACAUCCCCCUAAACCAAGGCUGCCUCAAACCAAUCCACGUCCUCAUCCCCAAGAAAUCCUUCCUCUCGCCCUCCGACAACGCCGCCGUCGUCGGCGGCAACGUCCUCACCUCCCAGCGCGUCACAGACGUCGUCCUCAAGGCCUUCCGCGCCUGCGCCGCCUCCCAGGGCGACACCAACAACCUGACCUUCGGCUUCGGCGGCACCUCCUUCUCCGAAGGCGCAAAUUCCAGCCGCACUGAGCAAAAAGGCUUCGGCUACUACGAAACCAUCGCCGGCGGCAGCGGCGCGGGUCCCACCUGGGAAGGCACGAGCGGCGUGCACACGCACAUGACCAACACGCGCAUCACCGACAGCGAGGUCUUCGAGCGCCGCUACCCCGUGCUGCUGCGCGAAUUCGGCCUGCGCACGGGGAGCGCGGGGAAGGGCAUGCACAACGGUGGCGAAGGCGUCGUGCGCGACAUCGAGUUCCGCAUCCCCGUGCAGGUCAGCAUCCUGAGCGAGCGGCGCGUGUACCACCCCUACGGGCUGGACGGCGGCGGCGAUGCCGCCUGCGGGCUGAAUAUCUGGGUGCGCAAGGUGGACAGGCAGGCCAUCGACCAGAACAGCGACACGCGGCAGCCGUUUGACGGCGCUGCGGAGGGGCGGGAGGCGACGACGGGUGCGGAUGUCGAGGUGCUGGAGCAGAAGGAGCGGCAUAUUGUGCAUGAGCCUAAGGAAGCGGAGCAGGAUGUCGAGUAUCGGUAUAUUAACCUGGGGGCGAAGAACACUGCUAGCAUGAGGCCUGGGGAACGGAUCAUUAUAUACACUCCUGGGGGCGGAGGCUGGGGCAAGGAGGGCGAGGAGAGCAGAGCUGUUAAGAAAGACGAUCCGCAGCAUGCGUGGAGGAAGGGGAGUGUGGCGGCGAGACAGCAGACGGCGGAGGCGAGUGCGUAGGUAGAUGGCGCAAGGUAGCUAGGAACAACGUUGGGUCGAACUCAAGAUAUAGAUGGAAUGGAGAUGAACUUUAUGGCGGAGUCAUGUCGUCAUGCGUAUACAUCUACAGAAUGGAG